CAAGAGCUGCGGCUGGAAAAUGCUCAAGAUCUCGGCAGUAACGUUAAAAGAAAGCAAGCAACUGUUGGGAAGGGAGCAGGCCCCCUCCAUUCUCACUUUCUUACCUGGAGUGAUGGAAAACUCGUCUGUGGCGUCUGCCUCCUCUGAGGCAGGGAGUAGCCGUUCUCAGGAAAUUGAGGAGCUGGAGAGAUUCAUUGACAGCUACGUCCUGGAGUACCAAGUCCAAGGCUUGCUGACCGAUAAAACGGAGGGGGACGGCGAGAGUGAGAAGACGCAGUCCAACAUCUCACAGUGGACGGCGGAUUGUAGUGAGCAGCUUGAUGGCAGCUGUUCCCCAUCGAGAGGGAAGGGCUCGUCGGCUCACGAACACAAUCAGAAUGGCAACAAAGAGAGCUCCCUUGACAUGCUGGGCACAGACAUCUGGGCAGCCAAUACCUUUGACUCGUUCAGUGGUGCGACGUGGGACUUACAGCCUGAAAAACUAGACUUCACCCAAUUUCACAGGAAGCUCCGAAACACCUCCAAACACCCGCUGCCUCACAUAGACAGAGAAGGGCUCGGCAAAGGGAAAUAUGAGGAUGGAGACAGCAUCAACUUGAACGACAUAGAGAAAGUCCUUCCCGUGUGGCAGGGUUACCAUCCAUUGCCUCAUGAAGCUGAAAUCGCACACACCAAAAAACUGUUCAGAAGGAGGAGAAAUGACCGCAGGCGACAGCAGAGACUUCCUGGUGGGAAUAAAUCUCAGCAGCACACAGAUCAUCAGCAAGGUGGCACCAAACACAACAGGGAACACCAGAAACUCUACCAGGGAGGCCAGGCCCCUCACUCCUCAGGCAGGACGGGCCACCACGGCUACAGCCAGAACCGGAGAUGGCACCACAACCAGAAGCACUCACCCAACGACAAAGAAACGCACAGAAAUGCCAAAGAGACUGAGAAUCUGAAAAUCGAGGACACCUCCGUCUGCACGGUGCAUAUUCCCUUAGAAAUGCACCGGGGCCCGGAGGCUGUGGAGAAACAGUCUCAGCAGUACACCCAGGAGUCAGAAACCAAGCGGAAAGACAGUAUUCACGAGCGCAUUGGGGAAAGACCCAAGAUCAAUUUGCUUCAGUCUUCCAAAGACAGGCUGCGAAGGAGACUAAAAGAAAAGGACGAAGUCACGGUGGAAACCACCAAUCCCCAAAAGAACAAAAUGGACAAAUUAAUUGAAAUCCUCAACAGCAUGAGGAACAACAGCAGCGAUGUUGACUCCAAGCUAACCACAUUCAUGGAGGAGGCCCAGAACUCCACCAACUCAGAGGAGAUGCUGGGUGAGAUCGUCAAGACCAUCUAUCAGAAAGCAGUGACAGACCGCAGCUUUGCUUCCACAGCUGCCAAGCUCUGUGAUAAAAUGGCUCUCUUCAUGGUGGAAGGAACCAAGUUCCGGAGCCUGCUCCUCAACAUGUUGCAGAAGGAUUUCACCAUGAGGGAGGAGUUGCAGCAGCGGGACGUGGAGCGCUGGCUGGGCUUCAUCACCUUCCUCUGCGAAGUCUUCGGCACCAUGAGGAGCAGCACCGGAGAGCCCUUUCGAGUCCUUGUCUGUCCCAUUUAUACCUGCCUCAGGGAGUUGUUGCAAUCUCAGGAUGUGAAGGAAGACGCUGUCCUUUGCUGCUCCAUGGAGGUAGGGAAGCAUGCCUUUCUGCUGGCCAUCGCCCGCGACAAGAUGCUGUGCCCCUCGGAGUCCAUGCUGACGCGCUCGCUGCUGCUGGAGGUCAUCGAGCUGCACGCCAACACCUGGAACCCGCUGACACCCACCAUCACGCAGUACUACAACAAGACCAUCCAAAAACUGACGGCCUGAGGCGCCGGGCGAGGGCAGGCGGACGGGGGGCGAGCAGAAGACAUGCACCUUAAAAGGCAACGGGAUCGCAGCAGAGCGGGAAGCGAGGACCUUUCCGAUUUCCAUACCUAAGGAGACAACCCCCAGCAUGCUUAAGAAUACGUUCGUGGGGUGGGGAGGGAGAAGCAUGUUUCUUUUCAGCCGUGUCGCCGAGUGCCACCCCUCUUCCCUGCCGCGUUUUUGUCUUCGGGUUUCUUUUAUGAAAUCAUUGCUCAAGCAGCAGCGCGUCCCGCCGUGUUAUUGUCUGGCCGCAGAAAGGACACGGAGGAGCUGAAAAGCGAGGAGAAGUGCGGGCUCGUAUUGUUUGCACGCCGUUCUCCCGGCUUGCCCUCACCAGCCGGCGGGAGACAGCAUGCAGCAGAUGUCCCGGGCGGACAAAGCGAGCCACGCACUGCGCCAGACGCCGGCAAUCGAGGGCUUUUGUCGAGCGAGGCUUUCAUUCUUUCUUCUCCCCUCCUCUUGUCUUCGACCUUCUGUCCCCACCUCCGCUCCUUCUAUCCUCCACCCCUCCAAAACCGGAUCUGAGAGUAGGACGGAUUUGUAUUUGCACUGGGUUUUCUUUUUCAUAGUCGUUUUUAUUUUAUUUUAUUUUAUUUGGGACGGACAGUUGCGAUCGACUUGGAAACGUGGAAGUGACACUGUCACGUGAGCUCAGAAAUGGUUUACGUGAAGAUGCGAAAGUGGAAGGAGGAUUUUGAAGAAGUCCAAAAGCCACUGUAGAAGUACCGUAGCCACAGUUAUCUUGCCAGUAACCUAUUAGAGUAAGGAAAACUGUCUGCUCCGAGCUGGUAACUCCAAGAAACACAGGAGCCCUGCGGCUGUUUGCUCUUGCUGUUAAAGUCACAGCAUCCCUCAUCCACUAAACUGUAAUCCAUUUUUUUUUUUGUAAUUUUUUUGUUUCUGUCGAAAGAGUGCUUUAUUGUAAUUACUGUCACGGUUGUAAUUAUACAUUUAAAACCAGGCCUGUUAUAGUUGGGCCGAAUAAUGUACAGGGCAAGGGAAAAAAAUGAAGACUUGAUGUUCUUCUUUGGAAACUGGUAAAGAGAAGACGAGACGCUUAUGGCAUAAAGAAAAGCCAAAAAUACAGGUUUCAAGCCUAGCUUCUAAGUAGCUGAAUUUCCUACCUGGUGUUUCUAGAUUUGCGUUGUGCGGUGGCGGCUCGAACGUGGAGCUGUCUGCGUAGUCUUACUGAUAGCGCGUCCUGGAGGGAGCGAGUCUCAUGGCAUGGGAACGUGCUAAGAGGGUGGCAGUGCGCAGGGAGUGCCAACGGCGAGGAGCGAGGGCGAGGGCUAGAGGAGGCUGGGGAGAUGAGCACUAGUCCCAAAGCUUCCGCAAGUUGGGCAGAGAACUGGCAGCUUCUGUGUGUUUGGUUUAUGAAGUCUCUGUUCUGGCCAAAGUCUGUAAUUUCUGAGAAGAGCAAAGCUGCCCUCCAAACACUUCCCACGACUCUGGGCCUGCAGCAGGC